AUGCUUCGUCGAGGUUUGGUCAGCAUUGCCAACACGAGGUCGGCUGCUGUCAAGACUGUCUCUCUCAUCCCUGGUGAUGGAGUCGGUCCUGAAUUGAUGGCUUCCGUCAAGGAUGUCUUCAAGAGCGCCACUGUUCCAGUUCAAUUCGAAGAAGUCGGCCUCACUGGUGUGAAUACUAAAGAAGGCGCUUACGAAGAAGCGAUCGCUUCCAUUUCCAAGAAUGGUGUCUGCUUGAUGGGAGCACUCGAAAACGCUCAAGCCGCUGGUCUUCAGCAGUCCAUGUCAUUCCAGCUCCGAAACGAUCUCGGUGUUUUCGGCGCUGUCGCCAAGAUCAAGUCCAUCGAAGGUCUCCAGUCGAAGUUCUCCAAUGUUGACAUCGUCGCCAUCCGAGAACAGAGCGAGGGAGAGUACAAGUGCCUCGAGCACGAGCCAAUUCAGGGAGUUGUCGAGGCCCUCAAGAUCACCACUGAACAGAACUCGGACCGAAUCCACAAGUUCGCCUUCGACUACGCUCUCCGACACGGCCGAAAGAAGGUCACCUGCGUCCACAAGGCCAACAUCAUGAAGAAAGGUGACGGUCUCUUCCUCCGACGAUUUCGAGAAGUCGCCAAGCAGUACCCAAUGAUCGAGUCCCAGGACAUGAUCGUUGACAACACCUGCAUGCAGCUCGUGUCCAACCCUCACCAGUUCGAUGUUAUGGUCAUGCCUAACUUGUACGGCGCCAUCGUUGACAACCUUGCUGCCGGUCUCGUUGGUGGCGCUGGUGUUGUUCCAGCUGAAUGCUACUCGACCCAGAACUGCAUCUUCGAAUCCGGAGCUCGACACACUUUUGGAGCCGCCGCCUUCAAGAACAUCGCCAACCCUACCGCUGUUCUCCUUGCCUCCGCCAACAUGCUUGACCAUAUGUCCCUCUCCAUGUACGGCUCAAGAAUCCGAAAUGCUGUCAACAAAACCAUCAAGCUGAAGAAGACCCGAACACUCGAUAUGGGCGGCUACGCUACCACUGAACAGUUCACCAAGGCUGUCAUUAAGAACUUGUAA